GCCUACCGAGCCAGCUGCUACAAGCCUUUCAUUUUGUUCAGACGGAAACGAAAGGAAAUCGAAGUACAAAGAAGAAGUAAAUACCAGUUUGUUAUUGUGGAAAUACUUUUGUAAAUGUGUAUGUUGCAAAUGACUAAAAGGUGUUAUUUAAAAUUUUACUGUCAAGGAAAGAUUAAGAAGUACAUCGUGAUCUACUAAAAGUUGGAUAGGUACUAUAUAAGUUAUGGACAAAUCAAGAUUUUCGAUGCUCCUUUUAGAGCCUGGAGAAAUUUACUUUGAAGAUUAUUCAUGCAUUUUCAAUGAUUUUGAAUCAUUACAUGGAGGUAAUUCCAGACAAGGUAGACUGAAACUUUGCUCAAAGUCCCUUGUGUUUGAGCCCACAGACUGGACAUACCCAUUAAUUAAGUUACACUUUAGAGACUGCACGAGCAUAGAUGUGAUAAAGCCCCAGACUUCUGAGAGUCCACAGAAUGUAAUUAAAGUAGAAAUAAAGCAGUUUGCAGAAAUGCUAGAGGAGAAUAUAUUGGCCCCAUAUAAAUUUCAAUAUGAAAAGAAAACUUUUUAUAUAUUUUUUGAUUUUGCUUCGGCAGAAGAGACAUUAUAUCAAAUGCAUCAGUUGCAAAGGGCAUCAACUUUGAAUGCACCUGAACACAACAGCAUGGUGGCUACUAUUCUGCACUCUAGGUAUAUGCGGAUGGUAUUUGACCCUGUGAUGAUGGAUGACUUUACUGAGGAGAUAGUUUGUGAGCUGCAGGCGGAGAAAAUAUCACCCCUAGUUAGACAUCAAGGCAAGCUGGCUUUAACACCAACCACAUUAUAUUUUCAACCCUUCAGUAAUGUUGAAAGUAGUCCAAUUUUGAAACUAAAGCUAAGCCACCUGAAGCGGUUGUACAAGCGCAGAUUUUUACUAAGGCAAGUUGGCUUGGAAAUCUACAGCGCAGAAGAGAGUUCAGUAGCCCACAUCUACCUAACAUUUCAGUCCCAGGACGACAGAGACAGAACCUACGAUAUUCUGGAGCAGUCUCCCAGUGUUCGCCUAGAAAGAGUUCACGCUGAAGAAACUACGCUGCAGUGGCAAAAUGGAGUAGUUUCCAACUAUGACUACUUGAUACAUUUAAAUUGCCUUGCAGACCGAAGUAAAAAUGAUCUCACACAAUACCCAGUAUUUCCAUGGGUAAUAUCAGACUAUACAUCUACAGAGUUGGACCUAGACAAUGUUGAUGUGUACAGAGAUCUCUCAAAGCCCAUGGGGGCGUUAAACCCAGAUAGGUUAGAGAAAUUGAAAGAAAGAUAUCAAGAGAUGUCCCAUCCUAAAUUUAUGUACGGAUCACAUUAUUCCGCCCCAGGAUUGGUGCUAUUUUAUCUAGUCAGAAAAUAUCCCGAAUAUAUGCUUUGUCUUCAGAAUGGAAGAUUUGACCAUCCUGAUAGGAUGUUCAAUUCAGUGAAAGACGUGUAUAACAACUGUUUAAGAAACAUGUCAGAUUUUAAGGAGCUAGUUCCCGAAUUCUACGACACAGACGCUAAAGGCGAUUUUCUAGUAAACAAAUACCAAAUAAAUUUCGGAGAUCGUCACGACGGGACCAAAGUGAAUAAUGUGGCGCUCCCACCCUGGGCAGACUCGCCGGCAAACUUCGUGGCAAAGCUUCGGGAGGCGUUGGAGUCCGAAUAUGUCUCUAGGCACUUACAUUUGUGGAUCGAUCUCAUUUUUGGAUACAAACAGAGAGGGGAGGAGGCUAUUAAAGCUAAUAAUGUUUUUCAUCACGUAUGCUACGAAGGCUCCGUUGACUUAGAUGACAUCUACGACAUGAACGACAGGCAUGCGCUAGAAGUGCAAAUAAUGGAAUUUGGCCAAGUACCAAAACAGCUCUUCACCAAACCUCACGUCCGACGGGUCACGCAUGAAAUACCUAAGAAUAUAAAAGAAGAUUUGGAAGAAAACGAUAUUGUUUAUACAUUGGAAUGCAUUGACAAUAUUCAACUACACAAGGAAGAAGUCACGUGUGCGUUAAGACAUGGUCUAAGACUGAUAUCUGUGGGUAAAGAUGGGACACUAAAAGUGUAUAAUACGUCAUUGAAGAAGCAAAUAAGAAGCGUCAUACUGAGCGCGACGCCGCUCAGCUCGUGCGUCAUGGUCGAUGAAAAUAUUGUCGCAGCUGGCUCGUGGGACAAUGAAAUAUAUCUGUACGACGUGGAUUACGGUAGAGUGGUGGAGAGCUUCCGAGCGCACGACGAUUGCGUCAGCUGUUUGUUGUGGUUAGAAAAAGAGCGACUCCUGAUAUCAGGCGGACACGACGGCGUAGUGCGUGCUUGGGGCGAGCUCGGCCGCACGGGGCAGGCGCUGCGCGGGCUGCGCGCCGAGUUCGACCACGACGGGAAGGUGUGCGCCGUCACCUUCAGACGUCGCCGCCACAGCGUGGACAUAAUCGCCGGCACGAGCGACGGCGAGCUCUAUGUAUGGGACCUAAUGGCCCGCGAAUUACUCGCCAAGAUGUCCAUCCACACUUCCCCCAUUGUCGGCGCCUGUUUUAUACCCGCCGGCGACCGUAUUGUCACCAUCGCGCGCGACACGGACAUGAGCGUGACAGACCUGCUCGUCUGUGACUCGGUAUACCACGCCGAACUGGUGGAAGGUGCGGCCGCGCUGUGCUGGCAGGGCCCGCGCGUGCUGUGGCUGGGCGGGCGGCGCGGCGCGCUGCUGCAGUGGGACAUGAUGCGCGCGCAGCCCCGCGCACACACUGACGCGCACCAAGACGUGAUCAACUGCGUUUAUUACGACGCCGCUACGGAAACUAUAGUCACCGCCAGCAAAGACAAAACUGUGAAGAUUUGGAAAAUGAUCUCAAGCUCCUGACAAAAGAGGCUCAAUUUAGUGAACAGUACUAUUAAUUAUACUUUAUUAUUCUUUCUAUAAAUUAUAGUACAUAGUGAUAAUGAUAACUUAAGUUUUGCAGGCAAUCCUGGUGUCUUAAAAUAUUCGGAAAACACUAGAUUGAUUCGGAUUAUUAGGAAUCGAUUUCCGUAAAUUAUAUAGCUCCACAAAACCAUUACUUUUUUUUAUCUUGAACAUUAUCAUAUUUUUAACCUUAGUGAGGCAUACUGCACUUUAAUAACUUCACGAUUAAACCCCUGUAUUUUAGACACAAAGCGUGCCAUGUUUCUGGAAGUCUGUUUUAACGAAGAUAUUGGCCGUUUAAUAUUAUCUGAGCAUACAAAGAUACCCAGGAUUGACUGUGUACCAGUAAGUUUUAAGAUCUUGAACAGAACAAAAUUGUAGGUACCCAUGUAUUUAUCAUUAAGUAUUUUUAUAGUCGAACUAACAAAAUAGAUAAGUAGGUACUUAUAUGUAUAUGAAUAAUAUAAAUGCGGAAGUAAAUGUCGGUUUCUUACCCCUUCACUCCGGUUGUGACGAAAUCUGGCAAGUAAAAGCUUAGGCUCUGGUGAUGGACAUAGACUACUGACCUUUUUGGAAAUUCUAUAUGUUGGAGAAAAUAGGGGAAAUGAGACAAACCGAUUUCUACACAGGGCAGGGUUAGUAAUAUUAUUAUAAAACGUCCAAUCAGUCCUAAUAGGUAUAAUGACUAACAUUAAUUACGAUCGUUUAAUUUUAGCAAUCGACUGGAAGUUUCAAAAUUGUAAGAUGUGAUAAUAUCAAGGUUGUUUUAAAAGUUAUUUUUAAAUAGCGAUUGUGCACAGCGUGAUAGAGUUUGCUUUUAAAAUAUUUUAUUGUAUUAAAUCUUCUUGUGAUAUGUUUAAGGUACCUGUAUAAUAUCCAUUUAAAUGACAAUAAAAUGUAUCAUAUAAAAUCUA